GUGAAAGUGAAAGUAUGAAAGUGAAACUAGGGCGAGUUGUUUUUGCCGACGAAGCAGCAGACAGAAAGAGACUUCUUCCUCUUCAUUUCUACCUUUUCUUCAAGGCAACAACUACUCAGAACAGAGAAACAGACGGUUUCUAACAUUAACCUCUGUCUAAGGGAGGAGUAAAGAUUGUAGUUUCCUGCCAGCAGCAUGCCGGUGGACAGCCAGCUGUGUCUGGAGGCCCUGUCGGCUCUCUCAGGCUUCAGAGUCGAGUCGACAGGUGGAGCCUCCCAGCUCACCCCCCAGGACUUUGUCAACAUCGUGGCUCUGAAGGAGUUUUACAAGCAGGAGGGGUUUAAAGAGCUGGAGUACCCCAGUCUGGGGACGUUGUCCCUGCAGGACCUGGACGACAAGGACAUGUACAGCUCCCCCCCGGCGCUGACAGAAGGCCCCACCACCGCCGGGCCGGAUGAGAACCACAGGACCAAGGUGAAGGUCAACCCAAAGGACUUCUUUGAUCCGCAGUACAACUUCGACUUCACCAACGUAAAGGACGGCGACAAGAAGUUCCUCCGCGGUAACGAGCCGUACGUCCGUCCCUGUGGGUGGAACCGGGUCGCCCUGCGGGUCACGCAGCGGUACGAUGGCGGGGACACCUGGCUGGGGACGGGGAAGGACGCCUGGCCCGUCUCCUACCAGGGACGGAACAUGGACGGCUCCCUCGGCAUCAUCCUGACCCGGGACGAGAGCCUCGGCGUCGAGCAGGAGUUCCUGGAUGUCGCCGCCUCCUCUCUGGUCACCGGGGAGACGAGGGGCAGAGGGGUGUACUCCACGCCGGACAUCAAGAUGGCGGAGAAGUACUGCAAGAAGUUCAAGUCCAAAGUGGACGGGAAGACGUACAAAGUGGUUCUUCAGAACCGCAUCAACCCGGAGAAGAGGGCGAAGUGCCAGAGGGAGGACGUCUGGCUGGUCUACGUCCCGGAGGGAAGCAGCGACGUCGAGACGAGGGUCAUCGUGCAGGAGUCCAUCCGACCGUACGGGAUGCUGCUGACGCCGGUGUGAUCAAACCACGUCUUCACGGUUAUCGGGGACAUUAAUUAGUGUUCUUGAUUAUCAACAAAAAUGAUUCAUACGCUCAACGCUGCUGAGGAGGACUGUUUGUUUGUUGGAGGAAUUACCAAUAAACCAGUUCACCGUUAGGUUACAUUUUAUCAAGAAUAAUGCUGUUUUUCCUCUCAAAAGGCGACAUGUACAUGUUGUAACAUUACACACUGACUUACUGACCUGAAGCUGCCUUACUUAAAUAAACAAGCUCUGUAGAACUCAAUUGAGUUAACACAGCAGUUUUACAUGGGUGUAACUUCUGGAAAAUUAAAAAAUAAAAUGAACAUGUCAUCUGU